CCUCUGCCUUUUCUCUCUCUCUCACUCUCGUCUCUGUCUUUCCAGCCCCGCAGUCGCUGGAUCCUCUGCUGCAGUCCGGAGCGGAGCCGCGCUGUGCCCCAGAGAGGCGCAACUUUGCGACGCAGAGCACGCGAGCCGCCAACCCGACCGGGCGCUACAUACAUAAAAAGAGGAUUACCCCACUCUGACUUAUUUCUUCCCACUUUGAACAGGUGGGGAAAGGAUUUUUUUCCCAGAAACUUGGAUUGUUAAUAGAAAGACUGCCUUCUUUGUAAACUGCCUUUUAAAGAGUACAUUAUUAUUAGUAUUACUACUUAUUCUGUUACUAUUUGUUAACACAACUACUACUUGAUAGUACUCCCCGACCUUUAUUUAUUAAGAAACAAGUUCACUUUUAAGGUACUCUUAAUUAUUUUGGAAACCAAAGUUGUUGUUUUUUUUUUGUAAUUUAUUUUCCAUUUCAUAAUCCUUCGGAAUUUCAAGGCGAUUUAUUGCCGCUAUUCGGGCGCUCAUCCAUUUCUCAUUACUACAUACUGGAAGCACCUACAUUUUAAGACUAGAAAAAAGACUGCAACAAACCGUAUAUUAUAUCCUUCUUAACGCUCUGACAAUUUGGGUUUCGCCGCCUUUAAAGAAAGAAAACAAAAGGAGGAAAAAGAAGACAGAAACUGUUCCUCUUUUUUAUUCCAAAGUGCUGGGGAAAGAAGCCGUCUCGGGAGCUUUUAUCUGUUUUUUGUUCUAAAAUUUUCCUAAAAGGAAGUUCAAACAUAGAAACAAUUUUCUCAAAGCACUGAUUCCUCAAUGAGAAUUCCUCCAAGUGAUGCUACGAGGAUUUUGGUUUUUACACCAGGAAUGUGUUUAACUGAUUGGAUUUAAAAAGAAACACCUUAAAAAGUACUCCUUCUUUCGUUAUCUUUUAUAUCUGCGCUGGAAGAGCAUCAGUCCCGUCUGCCUGCCGGAGCUUCGCCCCACAGCAGAAUACAGCAAAAGGUGCCUUGAAUGAUCCAUUCCUAUUCAUAGAAGAUGCCUACGUGUCAAACACAGAAUACGCCACGGCUGAAAGAAUAUGCACUUUUGGCUUAAGCCUGGUUCUGGGUGAGUGGGUCUUAGCUGAUAUUUCAGCUCUUCCAAAGAAAGAAAAUCCCCAGCAGUUACAUUUCACCCCAUAAUUCCAGUUGGAAUUAAGACAUAGGUGGACCUCCUGUUUGAACGUCCAGUGAAAAGAAGAGGAAAGAAAAAGAAAGCAAGCCUUGCAUAUGGGGAGAAUUUCCUUUUAUUGAAAGGUUUUCUGAAAGCUUUUGUAUCUGACAUUUUUUUCCAAUUACUGAGCAAAAUUAUAAAAAAAAAAAUCCACAUUCUGAUUCAAGUCAGAGGUUGACUGUGGGAGAAAACAAUGGCAAACAACAUGGUGGAUCACCCCCCUGGGAACUCAAUUGCUGAGGGCAGCCGUGAAGGAGAUUUUGGCUGCACGGUGAUGGAUUUGCGAGAGCUGAUGGAACUUCGGAGCGGAGAAGCCGUUGCAAAAAUUAGAGAUAACUACGGUGAUGUCCAUGGUCUAUGCAGUAGGCUAAAGACCUCUCCAGUUGAAGGACUUUCUGGGAAUCCAGUGGACUUAGAGAAGAGGUAUCAGGCAUUUGGUCGCAACUUCAUCCCACCGAAAAAAGCGAAGACUUUCCUGCAGUUGGUUUGGGAGGCCCUGCAAGAUGUCACCCUCAUCAUUCUUGAGAUUGCUGCCAUCAUCUCCCUGGGACUCUCCUUUUAUCACCCCCCAGGGGGUAACAGUGAAUUGUGUGGUCAGGCUGCUGGUGGAGUGGAGGAUGAGGGUGAGGCUCAGGCUGGCUGGAUUGAGGGUGCUGCUAUCCUAUUCUCUGUUUUCAUUGUGGUUCUGGUGACAGCCUUCAAUGACUGGAGUAAAGAGAAACAAUUUCGUGGCCUCCAAAGUCGCAUUGAGCAAGAGCAGAAGUUCACUGUGAUUCGCAAAGGACAAGUAAUCCAGAUACCUGUUGCCGAGAUUGUCACUGGGGACAUUGCUCAGAUUAAAUAUGGUGACUUGCUUCCAGCAGAUGGGAUUUUGAUUCAAGGCAAUGACCUGAAGAUUGAUGAGAGCUCACUUACUGGGGAGUCUGAUCAAGUUAGGAAGUCCCUGGAGAAAGACCCUAUGUUGUUGUCUGGUACUCAUGUAAUGGAAGGAUCUGGGCGCAUGUUAGUCACAGCUGUUGGAUUAAACUCCCAGACUGGAAUUAUCUUUACUCUCUUGGGUGCUGGAGGAGAAGAAGAAGAAAAGAAGGUCAAGAAAGGAAAAAAGCAAGGACCUGCUGAAAAUCGCAACAAAGCUAAAGCUCAGGAUGGAGUGGCCUUGGAAAUCCAGCCAUUAAAAAGUGAGGAAGGUGGUGAGUGUGAAGAGAAGGAAAUGAAGAAAGUUAAUGUCACUAAAAAGGAGAAAUCUGUGCUUCAAGGAAAACUCACCAGACUGGCAGUACAGAUUGGUAAAGCGGGUCUAAUUAUGUCUGCUGUAACAGUGAUCAUCCUAAUUCUUUAUUUUGUCAUCGACACAUUUGGAGUUAAGGGAUAUCCCUGGCUGAAAGAAUGCACACCAAUCUAUAUUCAGUACUUUGUCAAGUUCUUCAUUAUUGGUGUCACUGUGUUAGUGGUUGCAGUUCCUGAAGGGCUACCUUUAGCUGUCACAAUCUCACUUGCCUAUUCCGUUAAGAAAAUGAUGAAGGACAAUAAUUUGGUGCGCCACCUUGAUGCAUGUGAAACAAUGGGAAAUGCUACUGCCAUUUGCUCUGAUAAGACAGGCACACUGACCAUGAAUCGAAUGACAGUGGUUCAGGCCUACAUUGGGGAUAAUCACUUCCGUCAGAUUCCUCACCCAGAUGCCUUGAAGCCUGAAAUCCUGGAACUCAUAGUGAAUGGAAUUGCCAUCAAUUCUGCUUACACUUCAAAGAUACUGCCGCCUGAAAAAGAAGGUGGAUUGCCACGACAUGUGGGUAACAAGACAGAGUGUUCUUUGCUUGGUCUGGUCCUAGAUCUGAAGCAAGAUUAUCAAGCAGUGCGAGAUGAAGUUCCUGAGGAGAAACUCCACAAAGUUUACACCUUUAACUCUGUGCGAAAAAGCAUGAGCACAGUGAUAAAAAAACCCAAUGGUGAAGGCUUCCGAAUGUACAGCAAGGGAGCAUCAGAGAUCAUUUUGCGCAAGUGCACCAACAUUUUGGAUGCAAAUGGCACACCUAGAGUCUUCAAGGCAAAAGACAGAGAUGAGAUGGUCCGUAAGGUAAUUGAGCCUAUGGCAUGUGAUGGACUGAGAACUAUUUGCCUGGCUAUGCGGGACUUCACUGGAGAGACAGAACCAGACUGGGAUAAUGAAAAUGAAAUUCUGUCCCAUUUGACAUGUAUUGCUGUUGUGGGUAUUGAAGACCCUGUACGCCCAGAGGUGCCUGAGGCAAUUUCAAAAUGCCAACGUGCUGGUAUAACAGUACGCAUGGUCACAGGAGAUAACAUCAACACUGCUCGUGCAAUUGCCACUAAGUGUGGCAUCUUACUUCCCGGGGAAGACUUUCUGUGCCUUGAAGGCAAGGAAUUCAACCAGAUGAUACGGAAUGAGAAGGGAGAGGUGGAACAAGAGCGUCUGGAUAAAGUCUGGCCUAAACUACGUGUAUUAGCUCGAUCAUCUCCUACAGAUAAACAUACUCUUGUUAAAGGGAUUAUUGACAGUACUGUCGGUGAGACAAGACAAGUUGUUGCAGUAACAGGAGAUGGCACUAAUGAUGGACCUGCUCUCAAGAAAGCAGAUGUUGGAUUUGCUAUGGGCAUUGCAGGAACAGAUGUGGCAAAGGAAGCUUCUGAUAUCAUUUUGACAGAUGAUAACUUUACCAGUAUUGUGAAGGCUGUGAUGUGGGGUCGCAAUGUGUAUGACAGCAUCUCAAAAUUUCUGCAGUUCCAAUUGACCGUCAAUGUAGUGGCAGUUAUUGUGGCCUUCACGGGGGCUUGCAUUACCCAGGACUCCCCACUGAAAGCAGUUCAAAUGUUGUGGGUGAAUCUGAUCAUGGACACAUUUGCUUCUCUUGCCUUGGCCACUGAACCACCCACUGAAUCUCUUCUGCUGCGUAAGCCAUAUGGGCGCAACAAGCCCCUAAUCUCCCGGACUAUGAUGAAGAACAUUCUGGGCCAUGCUGUUUAUCAGUUAACAAUUAUUUUCACACUACUAUUUGCAGGAGAGAAGUUCUUUGACAUUGACAGUGGUCGUAAUACACCACUCCAUUCUCCACCAUCAGAACAUUACACUAUUGUCUUCAACACCUUUGUUAUGAUGCAGCUUUUCAAUGAAAUCAAUGCCAGAAAAAUCCAUGGUGAAAGGAAUGUUUUUGAGGCCAUUCACCGGAACCCUAUCUUUUGUAGUGUGGUCAUCGGCACAUUUGUCUGCCAGAUUAUUAUAGUGGAACUGGGAGGGAAGCCUUUUAGUUGCUCUGGAUUAACUGCUGAUCAGUGGCUAUGGUGUAUCUUCAUUGGUGUUGGUGAACUUCUGUGGGGACAGUUGAUUUCAGCAAUCCCAACACAUCGACUGAAGUUCUUGAAAGAGGCAGGUCAUGGCAUUACAAAGGAAGAAAUACACAAGGAUGACUUGCCUGAAGGGGUAGAUGAAAUUGACCAUGCAGAGAUGGAACUUCGCCGUGGCCAGAUCCUCUGGUUCAGAGGGCUCAACCGCAUCCAGACUCAGAUUAAAGUUGUGAAUGCAUUCCGUAGCUCCCUCUAUGAAGGCCUGGAGAAGCCAGAAUCGAGAAGCUCCAUACAUAACUUCAUGUCCCAUCCUGAAUUUGGUCCCCCAGCAGAAGAUGAACCACGAAUCCCCGCUAUUCAGGAAAGCCACAUUGAGCUUGAGGGUCUCUCACAUCCUCCUAAAGGAAAAGGGGUUUCAGGGAAACCUUCCCCCAACCGCAACAACAAUGCACUGGACAUAGUCGCUGCCCCAGCUGGGGCCUCCCCUUCACCUGGGAGCCCACUUCACAGCCUGGAGACCUCUGUCUGAUGACCCUUGGACAUUGACCCACAAAAAUAAUUGAGUGUUGACAUGAACCUGCUGAAGCCCAGGGUGCACCGGUGGAGGCGUGUGCCUACCGGUGUGCAAGGCUGGGUGUGUUCUACACACUCUGUGUACCUUGCAUGCAAGCAAAAAAAAAACAAAAAAAACAAAAAAAAAACAAAAAAAGAAAAAAGGGCAUCCGUUGGAAAAGGAGAGCUUAGAGUUGCUCUGACUUCAAUUACUGUCUAUUUAUCUGUCUGUCUGUCUGUCUCACUGUCUAGACUGUUUACCAUGGUAUGAACACUUGGGGCAUUUGAUUUUUUUUUAAUGAGUUCAAUGACCAAGACGUUCAAAGAACACAAGAAAGAAAAUGCCCAUCUACAACACAAAGAGUAUGCUGGUAAAUCACUACGUGGUGCGUGAACAUUGUGAACAUUAACGCAAAGUAAGAAAAAAAUGUGUUUGCCAAGUGAGUGAAGAGCUGUGCACUUUUUGAAUGCCUGCAUUGUUUGAUUUCAAACACUCACUUCUGAGAAAGGUAGGUUUUUCAUAACUGGUUUGCUCCAAGAAACUGGACAAUCUUGCUGUUUUUUUCUUGUUUUGUUUUCUCUCCUUUUCUCAUUCUUUUUUUUUUACAGAUUUUAAAUUGCUUGCUCACUUUUUUAUUAUAUUUAAUGUUUCUGACAACUUAAAAAAAAAGUGUGGGCAAAAGACAGUGAGAACAUUAAUGGAGCUUUACAGACUCUCCACAUAGGCCUAGGUUAUGUGUUGGGUGUAAACAAGAAAACAAACCCAAUAUGUCCCACUGUGUAUAAGUUGUGGUCACCGCCCGAUGGUCUGAGGACAACAUUGAAGAAGCGAUACAACUAUUAUCCUUCACCAAUCAAAUCUUUUUGGGGGGUGGGCCUUGGGGAGGGUGCUGCUUGGUAUGGUCUCUUUUCCAGUGUCUGCAGUGAUUAAAAACAAAACGAAGUCUUGAGAUUUUGAUUUUCUUCAGACAGCAUCUGUUCAUUGUCAACUAUCAACUUUUGUUUAGUGUUAUUUUCCUUCUUGUUUUUUUAAUAGUUUAGAUUGGACCAUUCAGAUAUGCAUUGGGGUGAUGGAGGGAAUGAUUUUUUUUGUUUUGUUAUACAAGGGUACAAGAAAAAGAAUCUAUAUUCAUCUUGAUAAAGUGCACAAUAUCAUAAGCUUAUAAUUACGUUGUAUUUGGAUUACAUUGGAAGAACAUUUCUGUACAUAAUUUCAAGACAUGUUAACUGCUGAUGAGAAUUGCUCCUUAGCAUUUCUAAAGGCUGCAAAAUGCUAUGUACUCAGAAUGUUUCUUUCCUUGCUCCUUUUUCUCUGUCCUGAUGGCAUUUGUUUCUUGUGAAGUCACAUAGCUUGUUCAAUUCCACACUUCUUGGAAACUGCUAAUUGCAAUUGCAAUGAGUGAGUUCAGCAGAUCCAUUUUGCACCAUUUUUUUUUCUCUCUUUUUUCUUUUUUGGUUAGUUCAGCACCGAAGUUAAAGAUGUGUACAUUUUAAUAACAGUAAAUGGAAAAUAAAUUAAUAAACAAAAAUAUACACACAUGAAAAUAUGCAACUGUAAGUAUCUUCUCAAUCCAAUUCCUUCUCUAAAACAGAUAUGUCCUGGUGUGAUUAAGACUUACAAAUAACAUGAAAUGUGGGUUUUGGCAGAAUGGGCUGUGUGGCUGUUUGCUUUAAUGAAUAACCCACUAGUGUGUUAUUAAAUGCUACACAUACGACAGCAUCCUGUUACAUCAUUUAGCAUCGUGCUGCCCUUUGCUACUUUUGGACUCCAAUGAGAAAAUGUCCCUAAUAGUCAAUUAUCUGAAUGCAGCUUCACACUAAGCCUAAACAUAAUAUAUGUGUAUGUAUUUGUCAUUCUUCCUUUAAAGCUAAUUUUUAUUGUUGCAUACCUAAACACAUGCGCACACACACACGCACUGGAUGUACAAAAUACACUCACACUUUUUUAAGUAAUCUAUUUUGUUCAUUUUCCCUUAAUUUGAUCUAAUUAAAACUAACAAAAUAUUUGUUUCAAGUUAUUUUUAGGUUAAUAUAUGAGUACAAUGUAUGCAUAUAUUAUGUACAUGUAUAUACAGUAUAUUAAUAUAUUUUUAUAGCUUAAUAUAGAUAUAAAAGUUAUAUCUAAAGCGCUUUUAAAUGGUUGAUGACCAAUCUACAGGAUGUUCACCGCAGACACCAAUAGUAGAGGAAAGUGGAACAGCUAUCCUUUACAUUCGGUAUGUUACAGUAUGUCACCAUUGAAGAAUGACAAAAGAUGACCGGUUGACUGCAAUGCCAUCUGCCAUGAACAGUUUGUCACAUACUGUAGUUUCUAGAUUUUAGCCCAGAAUUGUCCUACCCAGACACAGAUACAUAUAGUGUUAUACAGUAUAUACAAUAAAACUAAAAAGUAACUUGAAUCAAAUAGCCAAUGCUUGUUAGCAUUAUUUUAACCAUGUUCAAAAUUAUUUCAUUAUGCACAUAUUUGUGUGAAAUAAUUUUUACGAUUAUUCAAAAACCAAAAAGUUUCCUAAAAGCAAAUGUAUACGUAUGUAAUUUACCUACAGUAGUGAAAGUAUUUAGCAUGUUUGGUUAAUUUCUAUAAGGUAAUACUCAGUAUAUUAGCUCCUAGAUAUUUUGUGUUCAAUAAGAUAAUAGUGUACUUUUAAAAUAACAGAACAAAUAUAAUGUCCUCGAUAUCUGAGUGGCUGUUUGGGUGUCCCCUGUGAUGAAUUAGCAGCCCAUCCAGGGUAGGCUCCAGCCUUGCAUCCGUUGCUGCUAGGACAGACUUUGCCUCUCUGUGCUCCUGAAUUAUUUAACGCAGGUCACAAUCUGAAUUCAUAGAAAUAUAAUAAAGCAGUCAUUAAAUUACAUCUGUUUUUUAACCAUGCUAGGCAAAUACAAACUCGUCCCUAUGAUGCUCAAUAAUGAGAAAAAGACUGAAUUCAUGAAUAAUGUCUUUUCUCAAUUCAUUAAAUCUGUAUGUCUACUUUGUGCAAAAGAUUAGGGAUGGGUAACGAUUUGCUCGUAUAUUUAACAAAGCCAUAUUAAUAACAAGACCUUGCAUUUUGACAGGCUUUGGAUUAAGGUCUUCUGAAGAGCUGACACUGUCCUUCAGCCUGUAAUGGUGUUUAAGCUAAGACACACUAAGUAUUUUUGUUAAUAUAACCUUUUCACAGCCUUACCGCAUGACUCAAAGUCUCGUUUUUCUCUAGCAACCUUUAGAAUGGUUUCCUUCAGCACAGAGCUGUCAUUCAGAAAUCUUCAUAGUUUUUUACACGGAUUUUUCAAUUUCCUUUUAUACGUUGGGUCAUUGGUUAAUAUUAGGCAGAAACGGACAACUAUUUGUUCUCAGAAAGGAGCUUUUGAAAUAUAUUUUUUUCUAUACAUAUAUUUUUUCUAUAUUGUUUAGAUUUGUUUUCUACCUGGGUGAUAGAACAACACGCUUAACUAACUGAGAAAGAGUAAUGGUGCUUUACAGUAAAAGUAGAAUUAUGAAAAUGUGGAAGAAAAAAGUUUGUCAGGAAAUAGACCCCAUAGAAUACAGUAAAUACAAAACCAGGAAAGUUUUUUUUGUUUGAAAGCACCAUGGUUCUCGUCUAACUGCCAUAUACGUAUGUCUGGAAGUCUGGCAAUGGGGCAAAUAGGAAGUGAAGUGAUUACCUGCUAAAUGACUGCCAGAUUGCCUUUUAUAGUUCAAACCUGUAUUAGAAAACGGGGAGGGGGGGACUUAAAAAAAGAAUAAAAACCGAAAGAAAUGGUUAGAAAUGUCUGAAACAUGCGGAAAAAAAACACUGCCAUUGUGAUGCCAGCUGGAUGGGAAAAGUUUCAUUGGGAAGUUUUGUUUCUCCUCCAGUUAGGAGCUGUCCAAAUUUCAGAAAUCCUUUUUCCUGCUUUUUGUUUUCUAAUAAUUAUGCUGACCUGGUGAGUCGUGACUUUAGGCCUUAUUCAUAUUUCAUAUGCGCCUUUCGUAUUGAUACUUUUUUCUCUGACAUUUACACCCAAAGGUGGCAAAUCUUUUUCUUGUACAUAAAUGGACAGUAUAUAAUUAAGCUAAUCAAAAACUGGACCAAACAAGCAUAGCAUUUUAAUAUAUACUCAGCAAAAUGGUAUCUUAAUUUAUUGUCUAGCUUGAAGGAUAUGGCUGCUAGUCUUGUUUCAUCUAAUCCCUCCUGGUUGCUGUUUUCCAGGUGUCUGUGUAAUCUUAAAAUAUCUGAAGUUUACAUAACCUUUUUUUCUCUUUUUUUAAAUGAGUGCCUGUGAAGGCAGUAAUUUGUAAACCCCUUGAAUGUAGGCCUUAAUGCCAAACUGAGACCUGCUCCUGAAUGCACUAGAAAUGAUCAGUGUCGAAAAGCUCUGCCAUAAAAAGUCAGUUGACAAAAACUUUGUGGUUUCUUAAUAGAGACUUUUUUAACUGGGGGUCGUGGGGGCAGGAAUUUUUUUGUAAGCCACGUUUGCUUUACUAAAAUUUAGAUAAGAGUGAAAUAAAAGAAUGCAUGUUUCAAAAUCAUUUCUGACAACAGUUUAAAUCAUUUCAUUCAGUGGGGUGGAGAUUUAUUAUUAUUGUUGUUACUGUUAAUGAUUACUUUUCUAAUUUUCAAUCAGCAAAAAAGGAAGAAAAUUAAACCAAAGCCAUUGCUUCACUUUCUGGUUGCCCUAUGGACUUCUCAAAAAUGUAACUGUCAUGUAAUUACUUUUAUUGCACAUAUGAAUAAUAACAUGUAUAUUGUAAAGAAAAAAAGGAGAAUACAAAAAAAAAACCCUUGUGCAAUAUGUUUAAUAUAUGCUGUCAUUAAAGGUGGCUAAAUUUAACUUCAGUCUCUUGGAGGAACUUAGGGUGUCAAACUGACUAACACCCCAAGAUAUAAACUGUUUCGCUGUAUUUACGAAUUAGCUGAAGUUAAAUUUAAUGUUUCUUUGGGUUCAUAAACCCUUUUUUUUUUUCUUUAAACUAAAGUGGGGAGAUGAAAAUCUGGAAAUUCAGUAAUUAGUAUAAUAUAAGCACUGGUAUUAUUUUUGUAUAAAAAUAUGACUGAAUUAUACGUAUGUGGUAUGCAUGACUUAUAAACAUUUUGGUGGUUCAAAGCAAUAUGUACUUUUUCUGCGUAGCCAAACUCUUGCAUACAGUACUUCAUUUAUUUGCAUUCUGGUGGUUUGUGGGUGGGGGGAUAAGAGAAAAAAAACUGUUCAGUAUCUGUGUUUAGUGUUCUGCAUGUUUAAAUAUGGAAUGAAUCAACCAAAAUGUUUCAGAAUUCCCGACAUGCUACACACACGCACGCGCACACACAUGCACGCACUCACUCACGAGCACACGCACGUGUUCCAGACACACACACACAGACGCACCUGCACUUGUGUAUUCAGUCCCAACGGCUAACGCAUGCACUGUCCGGAGGCUGUCAAUUCCUAAUGAUUAAAAAGACAUGAAAAACACUCCAAUGUCCUUCAUGGGGUUUACAUACCGAAAGCUUACUGGGUGGCGACACGGUAGCACUUUGCAUCUGUAAAGCCAAAAUGGGUAUAAAACAAGCUGAAAAGGGGAAAGAAGCGACCCUUCCAAAAAAUAAAAAACAAGGCGGAAUGUAUAUGCAUUCGAUUAAUUUCUGUCGUUUAGAAGGGGUUCAACAUUUUGGCGAUAACCUAAGUAUGACUACGCUGCAAUUCCAAUCUCGUGCGCUCUUUAAAAAGCAUGUGGGGAAGACAAACACUUGUCCUAAACCUUCAUGUUCCAAGGCCGAGAUUAGUACCCGAAGGCAGUAAACAGGUUAAUACCGACCUUUACCAUCAUGCCCAUCCAUCAAGUUCAAAAUAAAAAUAAUUGUCUGCUUCAAGUCAAGGUCACCGGGAGUCUGCGCUUAUCCAGGCACAGCAUAGGCGCCCGUCCUGAAUGGGGAUGCCUUUCAUUGGCAAUGAUCCAUGCAGCAGCAGUGUCACAACAGUCGUCCUCGGGAAUCCCUCACGGUGACUUUGUUAGUUUCAUUUACAUGGAAUAGUUUGUACAAGCGUGGCCGUCACUGGCAUACUAUUAUCUUGUGGACUCUUCUAGCUUUUUAGAAUUCCCACCAUUUAUUUACUGACAACGUUUAUGUAAAAAAAAAGUCUAUUGCUGCCCUUUUUUGUUUUUACAGGCAUGUAUUCUUAAAAUCGCUUUCAUAUGAGCUGUUAAUCGUUUUCCCUUAUAAGGACCGCAUCGUAAAAACAAGUUCACUCUAGAUAGAUAGAUACAUAUGAGAGGUACAAUAUGAUAGAUCUAUUAAAUUGUUAAAAAUGUAAAAGCUUGCAUUAUACACUCUUAAAAUAUUGGAUCCCUAAUGUCAUUUUACUGCUUGCGUGAUUCCUGGCAGACCUUCCGUUUCACAAUGGACCAUUUUAUUCUUUGAAGGGUUCUCUGAAUAUGUAGGCUUUAAAAAGGUUCCUGAUAUGUGGACGAAACAGAUAUUUAUAGCAGUCAAUCUACUAACAGAUCAAGGACACACGAACGUAUUAUGUGUUCUUGUAUGCAGCAAGGGUUCUUUUAAGAAUUAUGAAGCCAUUGAUACUUCACAGACCUAGUAUCAGACAUUUAGGUUUGUUAAUGGAAUUCACCACUUUUUGCACCCUUAAUUUUAAGAGUAGUGAGUUUACUAGCUAUCUGUCUAGGCAUCACAAUACACAUCGAGAGUUUCCACAAAUGAAGACUUUUUAAAUAGUCUUUACGAGAGACUUGCUAAAGCUAUUGUCACCUCUAGCAGAGUGUUCUUCUUGGCUGUCACCACCGUGUCAUUUACCAAAACCGAAGAAGCAGUCGGUACUGAAACAUUACCAUCCAGAAGCUGCAGUGUAAUCUUCUUAAGGGUUUGAAAAAUCUGCGAUGCCGUGUUUUUGUGUAAUUCAUUGGGUGAUUUAGCGCAAGUUUCGGCACCCCAUACAUUAUUAACAUAAGAAGUAAUCCCGAUUGCGUGUCCUUGCCUUUCAUUUAUAGGCCAUUCCUUAGUUCAGCGAUUGUCUUUUCCAGCUUCUCUUUAUAUGAAUAGCUUGAAGUUCAAUUUACCUUAACGAAUUGGAUUGCUUGCCAAGUAUUCGGCGUUAUUGUGUUACUGCUUUUUAUUAUUAUUAUUACGCCUAAAGUCACUCAUAUAGUGUUAUGUUUUCUGAUUACACGAUGAAAAGCCGUCCGAUACAAACGACUUAAGCCAGCAAUAUUCAAAAAUAAGGAGACAUCAGAUUACGAAGAGAUGACACCAAAAGUUCCAUUCUCAGUGAGAGAGUUUCCCACGCGGUUAAUAUUUCUGAAAUAUUCGGAUAAUCUCUUUGUUUGCUUUGGGCUCCUCCGCAACGCAAGUCGCUAUCACCGCGUUUCGAACGCGCUCUGUUUUCCGUACUUUGAGGGGUCGCUUCGCCCGAGUCCCUUUGCAGCUGUAAACCCCCCCCCAUCAGCCUUCCUGUCGGUGCUUGCGUGAAGCCUGUACAUCUGUAAAAGGUUCACCCCUGUUCUGUAAACACGAAGAGUCACUCCAGUUUGCUUUUAAAACUAUGCAACAGAUCUACCGGAGACUCUGAACCUUGUCUGUGUGUUUGUCUCUCUCUUGCUCUGUCUAUCAGUGGAAUGUGGUUGUUUCCUUGUUUCUUUUUAAUUUAUUUCUAAUACAAGUGUGCUCCUUUUCCUAUUUGUAAUAUUUGACGGUGUGGAAUGCAUUGUUCUCUUUGUCCUGUCGUUUAAUCAUUCUGAAAAAAAGUAAAGAAAUGCCACAUUCGAUUGGGAUGGUAAACAAAUUCACGCACACAUUAUAUAAAAUAAAGCCAUUGGGGUUGGAAUUGUC